AUGCCAUCUAUACCAAAUCCUCUCCGCUCAAAACUAUGUCUUAAUUCAACUCAAAUUUCGGGAUUCGAAAUAAGUAAACACCCUGUUUUUAUCACCGGGUCAACCGAAUAUAUCGGAUCGCAAGUUGUAGCGGCGACAUUGAAAGCGGGCUAUCGCGUGCGGCUAAGUAUACGCAUGAUUGAACAGGAGUCUGCUCUCAGAAAGAGAUAUCCAGGGUUCAACACUGAUAUCGAAACGGUCGUGAUUUCCGACCUAAGUAACGUUGACGAUUUCCAGAAACCUCUUCGUGGAGUCGACUACAUCUUUCAUAUUGCCUCACCUAUGGCUGGUAAAGGCGUUGGUUUCCGCGACGGCUACGUCAACGCGGCUGUUGAGGGGACUUUGGCCGUUUUAAAUGCUGCAAUGAUAUUCAAAGGAUCAUUAUUUCAUCAAUGCUAUCAUUGGUAG